AUGUUGUUUGGUGCUGUUAUCCUGCAGGCAGCUUUACUGCCACUGGUGCUACUGUUCCUGCCUGCCAGCGGUGUACCAGCUCAUCCAUCAACUGCACUCACCAGAGCGCACGUCAAUCAACCACCGACAGCACCGCAACCGUUGCGUACGCUCGGUACGCUUGGGAUUGUUUUCGGUGCUAUCGAAGCGGAAGCCGCCAUCGAACGGCGCUUGGAACGUUUGCUCCGCGAACUGGAUGAGUCGUCGGUUGAGCAACAGGCACGGGUAGAGCGUGCCGUUGCCGGUACGUUACAGCGGGCACAAGUCGCCAUGGAGAUCCUUGGCACGGGGCUUGAAUUGGCCGCUUCACCGCUAAAGCCAGACACCUCACCCGGAGACUUCAGACGAGUGCUGGUCGCCCGCACACAGGAAAUGCUAUCCGGGCAGCGAUCGACACCUCGGAUCGGUAUGAAAGUUUCCAACGGUACCACCACGGAAUCGUCAACUGCCACCAUGAAGAAGCAGGUCAAUCAACAGCUGGUCGAUAUGCGCCGACAGCUAGCAACCCAUCUAAAGCGUGUCGUGCGAAAUUUUGGCGAUUCCAACGGACUGCAAGCAACGAACCUAGCGACCUCGCUUGGCAGUGAGCUAAUACAGCGGCUCUUGGUGCAAACGACGCUGCCGAAACCGGUACGCUUCGAGGAUCUUGUCGAGGCUGGUUUGAAGCUACACCUGGAGCGUAUCUUCCGCAGUCGGCGACAGGAUGAGAUGGAACCGGCAACGAAUGAGAUCGCCGUGUCGGUCGAUGCUGCGGGGUCCGAAUCGAAGGAAUCGGAAUCGUCGGAAGAGGAGGAAGGUCCGGGCGGGUUGGUCGGAUUGAUUGCGAGCUUGAGUGGUGGUGAUGAAGGAUCCGAUGUUGGUGCCCUUAUCGGUUCCCUGUCCGCUGUCGUCACUAAUCUGUUUGGGCCAGGAGGUUUAGAUGUUCCCGGUCUGCUUGGAACGGGAACUUCGCUAAUUGCUGGACUGCUCGGUGGUGAUGACAAUUUUGGCAAAGUGCUCGGCAGUUACGUCGGCAUCGCGAUUGAGGGUCUGUCUGGCGGUGGUGCGGACAUGAACGGUGCGUUCUUUGGCAACUUCCUCGGGGCACUUAUCGCUGCGCUCAGCUCAGACCCAGAGGACGAGAAUCUUCCGCUGAAGCCAAAGCUGUUCGUGGAGAACUUUUUCACCGGGUUGGAAGAAGCGAAACGGAAAGCUGACCCGAACAGUGAUGCGGAGCAGUGCUGCCAGCAUAAGGGUGGUUCGGAUCUGUUUGCCUUCAUCGGUAACAUCGUGUCGUCGGUGGUCGGUGGUAUUACGAGUCUGGUGUUGAAUGCAUCACUCGGCUCGUCCGGUGGUUCCUCGCAAGGUUCGGCUGACGCGUCCGGAGCAUCGUCUGCUGGAAGUAGUGGCUCGUCUGGUGAUCAUCCGCAUCCGACUAUGUAA